AUCGAUGGACACGGUGCACUCCUGGCUCCUGCUCUUUGUCAUCCUCACAUCCAUAUUGACAAGGCUUACCUCCUGUCUUAUCCCAAAUACGCUCAUUUGCAGAUUGAGGAGGGCUCUUUCGAUGAAGCCAUGAAAUUGACUUCUAAAGCAAAAUCGAGCUUUGAGCAUGAUGAUCUGCUGGAACGUGGUUUACGAGUCAUCGACGAGAGUGUUCAAGCUGGAGUCACUGCUAUGAGAGCCUUUGUCGAGGUUGAUCCCAUUGUCAAUCUCAAAUGUAUACAGGCUGGAAAAUCCCUCAAAGACAAGGUCGAUCGACGAUGCCUGAUCCAGCUGUGUGUGUUUGCUCAACUUCCUUUGUUCUCAGGUGAAGACGGAGGGGACGAGAUCAGAAGUCUAUUAAAGAAGGCGCUUGACCCCUCUUACUCUGCUGAUGUGAUUGGAAGUACACCGUAUGUUGAAGACAAUCGCGAGAAGAUGAAAAAGAACGUUGAAUGGACCAUUGAUCUUGCUAUUGAAAAGGACUUGCAUCUGGACUUCCACCUUGACUACAAUCUCGAUCCAGAUACCGAGCCGUUGGUUUGGUUCGUGAUAGAUACCCUCAAAGCCAAGAACUGGACCAAUUGUUCUAAGAAAUCCAUCGUUCUGGGCCACUGUACACGACUCUCAUUGUUCAAGGAGAAUGACUGGAAGAGACUCAGGACAGAGAUUGCAGAUCUGCCGAUCAGUUUUGUAGGAUUGCCAACCUCUGAUCUAUUCAUGAUGCGAACAGAGACCGGAGCCCGAGGAACUCUGCCUGUACCCCUGCUGAUCAAAGAAUAUGGUCUCAAUGCUGCAAUUUCUAUCAACAACAUUGGUAACGCAUUCACGCCACAAGGAAACUGUGAUCCGCUGUCGAUAGCCAGUUUGGGUAUUGGCGUUUACCAAGCGGGCACAAAAAGAGAUGCGGAGAUCUUGUAUGAGUGCAUCUCUACCAGAGCCAGGACCGCUAUCGGGCUG